AUGUCACAGGAUAAAAUUUUAGAAGGGUCUUUUUCAUAUAAUAUAUACAAAGAAUUAGAUAAUGAUGUUGAAGAAAAGAAUUAUGAUGAUUACUGUACUGUAUUCAAUAAUGAUGAAGAUAAUACUGAAAAAAAGUGUUACGAUCUUUGUAAAAGAAUAUCAAGAAAUACACAUAUUUUAUCUAAUUAUGUUAAUACAAAUAAUUUUACAACUCUCUGUUCACAUUAUAGAUACUGGACAUAUUAUAAUAUAAAAAAAAUUUUAGGAGAUGAUACAAAUGAUAAUAAUGCCAAACCAAUAAUUACUAAAUUUAAACAGGUUCUAGAUAAUAUUAGAAAGAUCUCUAAUGCGUUUUAUUGCCAAUAUGAGUUUAAUGAUGAUAUUAUAAAAAAACUAAACGAUAUGAAAGAACAAAAAUAUUUGUAUGAUUAUUUUCAAAAUUAUGACAGUAUUAAAACAUCUGACACAUGUGAAGUUGUUACACCUGAAAAAUAUGAAAAAUACCUUAAUUAUAUUAUUACAUUAUAUAAUAAGCGUAAAGAGGAGGAUGUAUGUUGCUCUGGUCCAUUCUUGAUAGACUGCGAAGACUAUUUUAAAUGCGAUGACGAAUUUGAUCCUAAUAUGCUGUUGUCUACAUUAAAAUCUAACAGACAAAAAAAAUGCGAUAACUUGAUAAAAACUCUUCCAACUUUAACAUCCGGCGUUACAUCACGUUCAGGGAGUUCCCUAACAAAUAUUACAGGUUCAAUUUAUUAUUUCAAGUGUACAGAUAUACCAAAUGGUAACAUUACACAUAGCCAACAAAAAGGUGGAAGACUUAGGUGUCAUAGAUUUAGUACAUCUGAUAGAUCGCAUAAUAAUCUAAUAUCGCCUUCUCUUCAACCUCCUUUUGUGCAAGUUCCUUUUACGAUUUCUGGACAAAGAGGAUUUUCUUUAUCUGCAGAAUUACCACGUGAGAGCCUAGAAUUAAACGAACAUUUAAAAAAACAAUAUAUGUUAUCCUCUUCACACACACUAGAUCUAACUCAAGAUAAGAGUGAUGAUAAAAAUGCUCCUUGCAAAAAUACACUAUUAGUAAGAGAUGUAUCAGGACUAUGCAGAGAGCCCGAUGUUCGCGAAACUCAAACUAUUGGAGUAAAAUUGAACACAUAUGCUCCAAGAAGAAAAAUAAAAAUCAAACUAAAUCAUAAUUCUAACAUGUUCGAAAACAAUUUUUUUCGCGUUGGAAUCGCACUUACUGUGAUAGUUGGAAUAAUAUUCACUAUUUUCCUUUUUUAUAAAUUUACUCCUUUUGGAAAAUGUUUUCAUAAAAAAGUAUCAAGGAAAAAAAGAAUUGACGAUUAUUAUGAUGAUCCCUAUAUGCGGCAGUUUAUUAUCCGCGCUCCAAAAUAUGGAAGAAGAAAAACAGGGAAUAGAGGAUUACAAUUCUCUUAUUAUUCUAGGUAA